AUGGAGCCCCCUUUGAGCAAGAGGAAUUCGGCGAUAAGAUUAGCGGAUUUGGCAGCGACUCAACCCCUUCCUCAUCAGAAUAUGACAGGCUUCCCGGGGAUAGGGGGGCAUCACCCUCACUCCCACCAUGCCCACCUCCACCCUGGGGAGAUGGGCAACGACCCUGGAGUGGCUCUCACUCCAUUUGGACCCGAGCACAUGGCACAGACAAAUGCUCUAAAACUUAGUCCAUCUCAGCACAUUCAAAGCCAUCCUGAAGCCCAGACCGCGGCAUCUUUCACUUCUUCUCAGACCACAGUUGGUUUCCCCGUCGCUCACCCCCACUCAGGCUACACAAGCAGCAGGGACUUCAUCCUCAGGAGAGAGCUCUCAGCCUCUGCUAUGCAUGCACUUGGCGACCAGCAUAGUUCCGCCUCCUCCCCUCAUCACCAUGGCAUGUUCAUUUCCCCAACAGGUGCUUAUGGGCACUCGGAAGGUGGUGCCCAUCCACUUUUCACUGGACUGCACGACCAAACGGCCCCAGGUGCCCACCACCAUGCUCUCAACGGACAGAUGCGCUUGGGUCUUCCGGGGGACAUCUAUGGAAGGCCAGAUCACUUCGGCCACAGGCCCGAGCACUAUGGACCAUCUUCUCUCCACAGCUACAACUCCAUGAACUUAAAUGUGAAUAUCGCUUCAGCUCCUCAUGGAGCCACGGGGGCGUUUUUGAGAUACAUGAGGCAGCCCAUCAAGCAAGAGUUAAUCUGCAAAUGGAUUGAUCAGGAGCAAACGUCAAAGAAGCCCUGCUCCAAAACUUACAGUACCAUGCAUGAACUGGUGAACCAUGUCACGGUGGAGCACGUCGGGGGACCCGAACAGAGCAAUCACGUCUGUUUCUGGGAGGAAUGUCCGCGCGAGGGAAAGGCUUUUAAAGCAAAGUACAAACUGAUAAAUCACAUCCGAGUUCACACAGGAGAAAAACCAUUCCCUUGUCCUUUCCCUGGCUGUGGAAAAGUGUUCGCUCGUUCGGAAAACCUUAAGAUUCACAAGAGGACACACACAGGAGAGAAACCUUUCAAAUGCGAGUUUGACGGCUGUGACAGGAAAUUUGCUAACAGUAGUGACAGAAAGAAGCACUCCCACGUCCACACCAGUGACAAGCCUUACUACUGCAAAGUGCGGGGCUGUGACAAGUCCUACACCCACCCCAGUUCCUUGCGGAAACACAUGAAAGUCCACUGCAAGUCACCCCCGCCCCCUUCUGUCAACACCGGCUCCUCAUACCAUUCCACAUCCACGACCCUCGGUGACCCCCUUUCGCCGACCUCAGAAGCCAACAGAAGCCGCUCGACGAACCUUUCGCCUCAGGUUACCAACCUCAAUGAAUGGUACGUGUGCCAAGGGAGUGCUGGACCUAACAAUAUUCACACUCCUUCCAGCGAUGUGCCAACGUCGGAAUCUGACGACGAGGACUCAUUCAGAAACUCAGAUCCAAGGACAAUGCUUUAG